AUGUCUGAUUCGGAAGAGGAAUCGCCCGAAAAACAACUGAAGAUUGUAAUAUUGGGCGACGGAGCUUCAGGAAAGACGUCUAUUUCUACAAGAUAUGCACAGGAACAGUUUGGAAAACAGUAUAAACAAACUGUAGGCCUAGACUUUUUUCUGAAGAGGAUAGUAUUACCAGGGAACAUUCACUGUGCGCUGCAAGUAUGGGACAUUGGAGGGAGGACCCUGGGGGGCAAGAUGGUAGAGAACUACAUCUAUGGAGCUCAUGGAAUUUUGUUGGUGUAUGACAUUACAAAUUAUUCAAGUUUUGAAAACCUGGAGGACUGGUAUGCCACAAUAAAAAAAACCUUUGAGAAGGAAGAAAAGCUGCCUCAUUUAGCCCUGGUGGGAAAUAAAUGUGACUUGGAACAUAUGAGAACUGUCAAAUUAGACAAACAUCAGAGAUUUGCUCAGGAGCAUAGCAUGUCCAGUCAUUUUGUAUCAGCCAAGACUGGUGACUCUGUUUCACUGUGUUUCCAAAAAGUGUCAGCAGACAUUGUGGGCGUACGACUAACUAAACCUGAACUCGAGCAGCAGCACAAGAUAGUGAAGGCUGAUAUAGUACAGUAUAACAACACAGAACCUGUACCGCGACCUUCCCUUCCCCAGACUAAAAGUACUCUGUGUGCCUUACAGUGACUGAGGCCUCCUUCGACGGCAACCUGACAGACAAGUAAUCUGCAGUGGCUUACCAUUCACUGCUCACUCCCCAGAGUGCACCCCCAGUGCCUCCGUGCCAUCACAACUCACUGGGGUAGCUCACACCUACCAAUACAUGUGAUACGUGUAUGGGUGACAAAAUACAUAUACCUCUAUGAAGGGAGGAAUACUGGACCUUUGUGUUUUACUGUGUUGAUAUCUCACAGAUUGUAAACUGCAUAAGAACGAAGGAUUCAGAACUGAUGUCUUUGUAAUUCACCAGUACCAUACAUACAUGCAUAUCACAAAUACUUUCAUAUCUGUUAGUUAGGUUCUGAAGUGCACCUGUAGCCAGUAUUCUGGGUGCACGUGUCAUUGUUCUGUUAUGGAAUGGAUGGAGAGAUGGGCUGGUCAUCUCGGUGAGAUUACUUCUUAGUUGACAGAAUCUAUAUUUUCCAGUGUCUAACUCCGAUGUGCUGUUUUCACAAGGUUUGUGUUGAUUGUUUAAAAGUCUCACUAGAUGCAUGAAAAAAUAACCCAGAUUUAUUAUUAAGUUUGUAAACGUUAUCUUUAUAUGUAGUACAUGUAUUUUAAAAUUUUUAUAGUAUAUAUUUUGAAAUGUAAUAAAUCAGUGAAUUCUCUGAAUUCCGUCCAAAAACUUUUCAUCGGUCCCAAAUGUGAAAGCAUACUUCAAAAUUGAGAUUGAUUCGUUACAAAGCAAGGUGACCAGUUUAUAACAAUGCAUGCUCAUUUCAAAAAUAUAUCUCUGGAUCAAGGACCAGAAGAUCACCAUACUAAACAGGAAAUAUAAUGCCUUCCUGCUAUAGAGGUGUUUGUCAAGGGCUUAAAAUGCAUUACUACUGAGUAACAACUGGGUUGUUCCAGACCCUGAGCAAUUCAUUUUAUCCUCCGCAUAAAUGCCCUUGUUUGAAUGUCUUUCAUUGUUUAUUUUUGUGUGUAAAUUGGCUAGGAGAAUGAAAUUAUAAAAUAAAUAACUCUUGUCUGCUUAAACAGCUACUUCAGUUCUGAAGCCUUACAGCAGUUCAUGUUUUUGCUGAUAAAUGAUAAGGAUGAUCUUGAUUAUUUUCCUAAAUUACAAUCUAUCAGUUGGGCAUUAAUACCCAAAAUUUUACAGUUGCUUCCACUUCUGACUGGAUUCACAUGUGGCUUAUUUAUAGUCAUAAAUGAUCCCACAGCCUCCAGUGCUUGGGAGGCUUUGUUUUUUCUUUGUAUGAUAUGUAUCAUAUCUGUGUGAUUAAAUGUUGUUACAUGUCAUUAACCUCUUUGACACAUGUUGAGACUUGUUUCAUAUACAUGUAAUUCUAAAAAAACUGGUCUAGUUCCUCUCGAGUGACAGCUUAACUAAGAUAAAUGUUUGUUUUAGUUCGAUGCACCUCAGUUCAUGCACUGUGUGCAUCUACUUAUGCAGCGUUUUUACUCUCAAUCUACAAUAAUUAAUAUCAGUAUUGUUGACUGCAGCAUGUCCUUCAAGAGUCCUACCAAGUUAGUAUACAUUAAAGGUUAACCACAAUGGACAAAUUUUGCCACAUACAAGUGAAGGACUAUUCUGUCGUUCCCGAGGGACACACCCUCAGCAGUUGAUACCUAUGUUAAUGAGAAAUUUACCCUGGAGAAUGCCACCUGUAAUCCGUGUUGUAAGUCAAAGGUGUGCAUAAAUGGGUAAACAUUUCCCAAGGUCAGUCUCACCUUACUGUACGUGUUGUAUUCCAACAGGUGUGUUCUCAGAUUGUGACUUGUGUGUACAUAUCACAGGUGAUGCAAAGUGUCAUCAAUUUAAAAAUAAGUCCAUAUUUUGUAAAUAUUGUAUAUUUGUAUGUGUGAAUAUAUGAAUUC